GCGACCGCACAUGGUCACACUGGUGUAAAUUGUUGUUGUUUUUAAGGUUUCGUACGUUGUUUUUUUACAUAAAUAGCCGCGCGUUAAAGUGGAGCGUUUUAAUUCGUUUGUGUUAAUAUCGCGCUGCGCUGUUUACGCGUUUACACUUUGGCGGCAGGAAACGCAAUAUCAUAUUUAUACCAUAACCCGACCAAAAUUAAUUAGUGCAAUUAGGCGCCCCCAGCAGCUGACGCCGCAAUCGCAGCUGUAAAAAAGGAAGGAAAAUCCCAAAAGAGAGACGAAAGGGGGGAUAAACCAUACAAGAAAAAAAGAAAAACACGCGACCUGUCCCGCACAUUUUUGUGUUUUUUUAUUUGUGAAUAUAUGAUUUAGCCAAAUUAUCUAAAAAAAAAAAGAGCUAUCUAUCAGAAAGAGCCCCCGAAAAUCGUGCAUCGGGAAAAUUGAAAAGUGAAGACGAGAAAAACAGCGGGAAAUUCGGCAAACUGCAGAUUACACAACUGCAGCAAUACUACACUCACACACACACAGACGUAUACAACCACCCACCCGCCCCCCACAAACGCCUGCCGAGAGCAACACAGCAAGAGAGAGAGCGAGAGAGUGAGUGGAAAAGUGCACAGAGGAGGAGCAGUGUCACCCGCCGACUAAGAGAAGAGAGCCAAGAGACCGAAAAGGAGGUCACAUUUGUUGUGCCGCUAUAUUCCUUCGAUUCUGAUACCGAGUCGCCAGAGCAACAGCUGAGCGGCCCCCACAUCUUCUUCUUCUUAUUUCUUCAUAUUUUCAUUUUUUGCCGAACGAACUGCUGAAAUGGGUCUACUAAGCGAGGGCAGCCCACUAUCCUGGGAGGAGACCAAGGCGCUGGCGGAUCAUGUCCGCGAGCACGGCGUCAAUCAGUUCAUCAACCUCUACCACAGACUGAAGGAUCGCCAGGGCGACAUCCUCAAGUGGGGCGACGAGGUCGAGUACAUCAUCGUCAAGUUCGAUGAUGAGAAGAAGGUGGCCCGUGUGGCAUUGCGCGCCCAGGACCUCCUCGCCGAGCUCAACGAGAAGGAGCAGGCCGAUCCCAAGGGCGUCAAGUCCCUGUGGCGUCCCGAGUACGGUGCCUACAUGAUCGAGGGCACGCCCGGCAAGCCCUUCGGCGGCCUGAUGGCCCACUUCAAUCUGGUGGAGGCCAAUAUGCGCUACCGUCGCGAGGAGGUCACCGAGCUGCUGGGCAGCGACGAGUGCGUCAUGUCCAUCACCAAUUUCCCCCGGCUGGGUGCACCCAAUUUCACCUACCCGCUGGCCCAGCCCCGUCCAGAGGAUCCCCUCAGCUCGGCCAGGUCGCUGUACUUCCCGGAUGAGGCCAUCUUUCCGGGUCAUCCGCGCUUCAAGACCCUCACCCGUAACAUUCGGAAGCGUCGCGGCGAGAAAGUUUCCAUCAAACUGAAGGUGUUCAAGGAUGCGAAGACCAAGCUGCCCGUGGAGGGAGCUCCGCCAGGGGAGCCCGAUGUGGUCUUGCUGGACGCCAUGGGCUUCGGCAUGGGCUGCUGCUGCCUCCAGCUGACCUUCCAGGCCUGCAACAUCACGGAGGCGCGUCGCCUCUACGACCAGCUGGCGCCCCUGUGCCCCAUCAUGCUGGCCCUGACCGCCGCCUCGCCCAUUUAUCGCGGCUACCUGACCGAGUCAGACUGUCGCUGGAACGUGAUCAGCUCCUCGGUGGACUGCCGCACGGAGGAGGAGCGCGGCCUGGCACCGUUGAAGAACCAGAAGUUCCGGAUCGCCAAGUCGCGUUACGACUCCAUCGACUCCUACCUCUCCCCGGAGGGCGCCAAGUACAAUGAUGUGCCGCUGACCUACGACGAUGCGGUCUAUCAGCGACUCAUCGAUGGAGGAAUCGAUCAUCUGCUGGCCCAGCAUGUGGCCCAUCUGUUCAUCCGGGACACGGUGUCGCUCUUCAGCGAGAAGGUCAACCAGAACGACAACGAGGACACGGACCACUUCGAGAACAUCCAGUCGACCAACUGGCAGACGAUGCGCUUCAAGCCACCGCCGCCCAACAGCUCCAUCGGCUGGCGGGUGGAGUUCCGGCCCUGCGAGGCCCAGAUCAGUGACUUCGAGAACGCGGCCAUUGUCUGUUUUGUGGUGCUCCUCACUCGGGUGAUCCUGUCGUACCAACUGAACUUCCUGACGCCGAUCAGCAAGGUGGACGAGAACAUGCAGACGGCCCAGAAGCGGGAUGCCUGUCGCAAGGAGAAGUUCUGGUUCCGCAAGUCCUCCAAGACCACCGAGCAGCGGGCCGCCAAGGCCAAUGCCCGUGCCCAGGCCGAGGCGCAGGCUCAGGCCAAUGGCAAGGCCACUCUGAACGGAGGAGGAGCUACUGUCCUGGAGAAUGGAAACGGCAAUGGACUGGCCAACGGAAGUGGCAGCGAGAACGGCGACAUCGACGAGCCCCUCACCAAUGGCUCCUCCGCCCCGAAACUCAAUGGACACGCCGCCACCAAUGGCAGUAGCAAGACCAAUGGCACCUCCAACGGCACCACCAAUGGCCUCUCCAACGGCGCCGACAGCGAUCACACCGACACCGAUGACGAGGAGAACGAGCUCUUCCAGCUCCUCUCCAUCAACGAGAUCUUCAACGGAAAGCCCAAUGUGUUUCCGGGUCUGGUGCCGCUGAUCCGCAGCUAUCUGCAGUCCAUGGAGGUGGACACCGACACCCACUGCACCAUCGAGCAGUAUCUGCGCUUCAUCCAGAAGCGUGCCGCCGGGGAGCUGAUCACCACGGCCACCUGGAUGCGGGAGCAGGUGCUCAGUCAUCCGGAUUACAAACAAGACUCUGUGGUGAGCGAGAGCAUCAACUAUGAUCUGCUGAAGCGCAUCCAGACCAUCCAGGAGGGCAAGCACGUGGAGCCGGCACUCCUCGGCCAGGGCUAUCAUUCCAAGACGAAGACGAAAGAGUUCAUUCCGCCGGCACUGCAGAAGCAGCUGGCCAAGAACGGUUGCUGCGAGGAGAAAUGAUUGAGGAGCGCGCUACGGACGCGUCCAACGCAGCUGGCCCGGGGCGGCCGGUGGCGAAUGUGAUUCGGGUUUUGUGAUGAUGGUCCGUGAUGAUGAUGAUGGUGUGGAUGUUAUGGAUGAGGAUGUUGUAGAGUGGCAGUGUUGCAGAGCCAAGGCAUAGAGCUUCAGCUGAGCAAAGUGGACCAAAAAAAAAAGAAACCAGAACCAGAACCGGACCGGAUAUCGGAGAUCGGAGAUGGGACGGACUGAAGCGGAUGAAGAAGCGGCAACAUUUAUCAAUAUUAUUUUUAUAGCAUAAUUUAAAGGAAGAUGAAAAUAACAAUUAGUGUGUGUGCACCGGAAUCCUAAUUGUGGACAAAUGUUAUGCGGCUGAUGAAGAAAAACCAGGCAGGCAGGAGGAGGCGGAGAGGAUCGGACUGCCAGCCGGUUAAGGGCGUAGGGCAUCGAAGGACUCCUCUGGCCGCCACAAGGAUCCAAGGUGAUCCCCUCGAUUGCCGCCGUCGAUUGCAAUAGUUAGAAGAGGAACUACUAGAAACUACUAACCAAUACACCAACCGACUACAAAACCAAGAUAAAUCUCAACCAAGUGCCGUUCCACAAGACCUACAAAAAAAAAAAUACAUAGCUAAAAAACAUAAAAAAAAAACAAAAAUGCAAAAAAAAAAAAAGAAACAUAAAAUGAUAAUAGGAUCAGGAGGAGGCCUUCUUAAGUGCCGACUUUUGUUUUGUUUUCGUUUAAUUAUAUAUAUAUAUAUUUAUUAUGAUUAUUCUUAUAAAUUUCAAGUAAACUGUAACUUGGUUUAUCACUAUUAUUAUUUUUUUUUUUGUAUUUUUUUUAAUAGAAUGUAUAUGUUAAACAAAAAAAAACAACAACAACCACACAACAAACAUGUCUAAAAAGUGGCCUAAAAACAAGAAAAAAUAGAUAUAUAUAUAUUAAGCAAAACACUAAACACUUAAACACUAAAUACUAUAGCAGAGAACGAACUUUUGCAAUUAUAAUUUAUUGUGUAUGUGAUUGUUUUUUCACCAUUAUGAUAUGAUACAUUAUUAUGGUUUACCAUUUAUGCAACUAUUGUGACCACAAGCAAGCAAAUAAACGGAAAAAAAAUUGUUGAAUCUUAAAA